AUGCCUGCGCCGACAUACAUUAUUUCAAAGGUCGCUGACCCCAUUUUUGCGGUCGUCAUUGGCCUCUCUGCAGCCGGCCUGCGCAUCAACCGCGAGGAGGAGGCCAAGGGCAACAACAUGAGCCAAACUAUUCAGACAGGACUACGACGGCUCGGUCUUAAAUCGGCACCGGCCUCAUAA